GAUUUCAUAGUAGGCAUCGAUUUUGGUGCAACCUUCUCAUCCAUUGCAUUCAGUACGAACCAAGCGCCCGAGGAGAUCUUCACUAUUGGUGAAUUUUCAAAGGACCCUUGCCCAGCAUAUCAAGGCAGACAGGUACCCACCACGCUCGCAUAUCCUGAGAAGAUUCGGACACAGGCCACGGAAGAUGUUAAAAGAGAACAGCUCGAAGAGAGCCAGCUUCUGUACGGAUACGAGCUUCAGAUGGAAAGCCGAGCUUGCUACCCUAACACAGGACGUAUUACAAUGAUGAAGUUGAUGCUUGACAAAAGCACGUAUGCGAGACAGUCCAAGGACAAACUGAAGUCUAGUCUGAAGGCGCUCAAGGCCAAUGGCAGUAUCAAGGAAGAUAGCGAUGUCAUUCGUGACUUCCUGGUCAAGCUUCUACUACACACCAAGGCCAGACUCGAGUGGAUUUACGAACUGACUGAGAGAAGCACAAUUGAACUGACGUUCACUAUUCCUGUCUGUUGGGACUCUCAUGCAGUUGUUACUAUGGUUGGCUGUAUUCAAGAGGCCAUGCUGCUAGCAAAGUUUGGAUCAGAUGGUACGAGUGCCAGCAGAUUGUUCAUGGUCACCGAGCAAGAAGCAGGCGCGAUAAACGUCCUCCAGUUUGGGUUUCACAACUUCAAGAAAGGAGAAGUAUUCGUGCUCAUAGACUGCGGUGGUGGGACAACCGAUCUCGGUACGUAUCGUAUCGCUUACGCACACCCAUUGCGACUGGAAAGCGAGGUGAACGACCCCACAGGCGCUAUGUGUGGGUCUGAAGACCUUAACGAACGAUUCCGAGCCUGUGUCUACCAGUUUCUCCGAGAUGCAGAGUCUUAUCUCGUAGACGAAGAGUCAGGAACCACGCUUGACAGUAUCAUUGAUGAGGAUAUUAUGCCUCAAUUUGAAGACAAAAUCAAGCGCUCGUUCGACAUCACGGAUACUAGAGAGACAUUUGAAUUCCGUAUCAGCCGCCUACGAGAGAGUGACAAAAAUCCUCGACUGAAGCGCAAACGCUUGGUUCUAAGUUUCGAGGACAUGAUGGAGAUCUUUAGGCCAUCUCUUGAUUGUGUCAAGCGUCUGAUGGAAGACCAACUCUUGAGCGCCAGGAGGAAGAAUAUGGCUGUCGACAAGGUAGUGCUUGUAGGCGGAUUCGGGGAUUCGCCGGCUUUACAAACUCACCUGACUCUCCGGCUCAAGGAGCUUGACCGUUUCCAUGGCACAAGGGUCGCGAUAAUCUUUGCGCCCACUAAUACUGGAGCAUGUGGGGUUGCCAAAGGCGCAGUACUGCGAGCAAAGAACAAAGCCCAUGGCCCUAGGCGAGUUCCACGCCAAAGUAUCGGAAUUUACCAGCAUAUUCCUUGCACUGAUGUCGACAGCUAUCCCAAAGCUGUGUUCGACCAAAAGAGGGAGCUCUGCAAACUGGAGGGAGACUACUACAUCAUGAACACGAUUGUUUGGAAGAUUAAGAAGGGUCAGGGUAAGAUUGCAUCCACGCACACAGUCACUUACGAGUCUGUCUUUAUGUGCAACCCAAAAAAGCGCAGAUGGAUUGCGACGCAGGACCUUUUCGCAUCCAGUGAGUGCACGGAAGACUACUACAAGCGAGGUCAUGUCAAGAACAAAGGUCGAACAACUGAGCUUGGCAAGGUCGACUUCGACAUCACUCACUUGAGGAACCAGAUAAAAGCAAAAGUCCCGACCAAGGGAGACGGUAGUUUGCGACACUACAGCGUCACACUCCUGAUCGAGAUGACCGUGAUUGAUCGGGACCUCAAGUUCGUCGCGCGCUGGCCACCCAACGAGAACGGUACAGUGAUUCAGGGCGAUCAGCAGUACUUCAGUCUGGUGUCAGCUUUCCAGCCAGGCACUGCGUAAUGUUAGGUCGUUUUUCAGCUUCCAUUGUUUGGAGUUGCUCGCUUCAUGGUUUCGUGUGUAAGAGAAGGUCACCUCUGGAGAACUGCAAAACAACCAAGAGCAAGUUACAAUCGACGCGGAAUGUGACCAGUAUGCUUGCUUGUACAGCAGUUGUAUCGUCUUCCCUACUAUCGAUCGCUACUUACUCAAAAUUGGGGGAUAUAGUUACUGUAGUGGGUUUGUGUUGUGUGAAAUGUGUUUCUUUAUAUCGUAUCAUUAGUUUCCAUCACGAAUUGUACAACAAGUUUAACGGAUAUGAAGGGAGAGUGCCGGAGAAUUCUGAGCAGGUCUGUACUUUGGUAGACAGGAUCGAAUAAGGGGAU